UAUAUUAUGAAAGCUCGACUUCGAGAGAAAAUUACUGUCUGCUAGCAUCAAUCCAUUGUUGCAGCUAUCAUCUGAGUUGACGUUUCGUUGCAGUUUUUGCGAGGAGUGUUUACUUAUACAGCGAGUGACAUGACUGGACCAUUGCGACAAGAGGCACUCAGAGUGUUCAAACAAUUGCACAAGACAAGGCUGAGUGUCUUUCAAGGGGAUGAGUAUGCCUUAAAUUUUAUGAGGAACAAAAUAAAUGAGGAAUACAGAAAAAAUAAGAAUGUCACUGAUGAAGGAGCAAUACAGGAGCUGUUAAAAUUUGCCAAAGAGGUUGACAAGGAAGUCAGAACAACUGUUGUGCAAGCCGUUGAAAAGAAACCUGGAGUUUUUGAGGUAAAAAUCUCACCUGACACUGCAUUACACGAUAAUGUGCCUUUUGGUCAAACAGUGGAUAAAAAGCAAUUCAGAGGAUGGCAAAAGUGUUGCUCAGAGCCAACGACAAAGAAGUAGGUUCACAAAGAGCAGAGCCACCAAUGUUGUGUAAUAUAUGUAAAUUAUUGCAAGACUAAGUGCAUCAUUUAGUCAACGAUCUAUCCAUACAUAGAUUACUAGAUAAUUAUAAUCGUUAUAUAAGGAA